GACGAGUGUGUGUGUGAGAGCAGCCGACGCCAUGCUGCAGUGACCGUCACACUGCCGCCGCCGCCGCCGCCGCCCUCACCUGCACUAAUAUUCACUACACUCCUCAUCUCACCUCGUACAUUAUUUAUAUCGUGGUAGUGAAAAGGAAGCUGCAGCGGUGAAUACACAGCAUGUCGAUGAAAAUGGCUCCUGCGUCCAUGAAGAGGCAGAGUAAAUCAGAAUUUAAAGACAAGGAGAAACCCGCUCAGAUCAGGAAUAGUAAUAUAGUUGCUGCCAAAGCUGUGGCUGAUGCCAUCAAAACUUCCCUUGGCCCAAGAGGCAUGGAUAAGAUGAUCCAAGAUGGGAAGGGUGAAGUCACAAUUACAAAUGAUGGUGCAACCAUUUUAAAGCAGAUGAAAGUGCUUCACCCAGCUGCUAAGAUGCUUGUUGAACUCUCACAAGCACAGGAUGCUGAGGCUGGAGAUGGUACUACAACUGUAGUCAUCUUGGCAGGUAAAAUACAUAUCUUAAUAUUUUUAACUGUAGAGCCAGUUUAUUCAUAAAAUCUUGUAGCUAUA